GUUGCGCUGACGUCAUUGCACGGCGUCCUUCUUCUCUGCGGUUUCCGGCGCUCGCCCGCGCGGUAAGUGUAGCUGAGAGGGGGAAAGUUUUCAUUUGUGUGGUUCACAGCACCGUUUCUUUCCCUUUCCCUCAGGAGCGGGCGGGCAGGCGCUUUCCGAACCCCGUCGGCCAGGCGCGGACCCUCUUCUCGCCUCGCUGCCCCCGCGGAGCGGGCGAGAGGCUGUGGCCACGACGCCGGCGAUGGCUUCGGGGCGCGCAGAGGCGGCGGCACCGCGGGUGGCAGAGCUGGAGCAAGAGCUGCGGCGUCUGGCGGAGGAGCUGAGCCGCUGCCAGGCUGAUAAAGAAUUUGUGUGGUCUCUGUGGAAACAUCUGCAAGUGUCAAGCCCAAAUCUUACUCAAGCUGUCAGUUUGGUUGUAGAAAGAGAAAAGCAGAAAGCUGAAGUCAAGGACAGAAGGGUUUUAGAGAUUUUGCAAGCCAAAGACAGCAAAAUAGAAACCCUAGAACAGAGAGUCACAGAACAGCAGCAGGAGAUAAACAACUUAAUACAGAGGAAAAUUGCUGUGGAUGAGGAAAAUGCCUGUUUGAAGAAUGAAUUCAGUAACUUGAAUCAGAAAUUUAAAGAUAAAAGCCAAGAACUUAAGGACACUGAGGAGUGUGCACAGAAGAAGGAAGAACAAAACAGACUGGUUAUAAAAAACCUAGAGGAGGAGAAUAAGGGAUUAAAUACAUGCUGUGCUGACCUGCUAAAUGACCUGGAGAAACUGAGGAAACAGGAGGCACAAUGGAAAAUGGAAAAAUCUGGCAAUGAUGCCAGAAUAAAGAAUUUGGAAACUGAUUUAACAGAGGCAAGAGAACAAAUGAGAGAGUUGCACAGCAUAUGCAGUAACUUGUCAUCUCAAGUAGCUGUGAAACAGGAAGAACUAUCCCAAAAGGACUGCGAUGUAAUCAGAGCUAAGAAGGAGUUACAGGAGCUGCAGAGUCUUUACAGACAAAACGUUGAACAUACAACACAGCAGGCUGAGCUGAUAAAGCAGCUUCAGGCUCUCAAUAUUGAUACACAAAAAGUACUGAAGAACCAAGAAGAAGCACACACAGCUGAAACAACAUCAUAUCAGAAACUUUAUAAUGAAUUGACUUCAUGCUUUGAAACUGUUAAAACAAGUGAAAUUCAACUGCAGCAAAACUGUGCCUCUCUUCAAGAACAGUUACUAGGAAAAGAUGAAAAGAUUUGUCAGUUACAAGAGCAGCUUCAGCAGGCUCAUGAUGCUUUAAAUGCAGUACAUCAGAGUUCUCCAAAAUGUGAAGUACAGGUAUUUCAGCAACCUUCUUUAAGUGACCUAGAGUGUCUUAUUACAAUGCAAAAAUCUGAAAUCAAGCUUUUACAGGAAAAAUUGAAAAAAAGAAGUUUUAACCUAGCAGAGCAUAAUUUGUACACUACAGAUACUCUGGAAAGUGGCAGUAGACGGACAGGAAGAAAGCAUGAGGAACCACCUGUGAAACGCUCAAGGUCUCUGUCCCCAAAGAGCUCUUUUAGAGAGUCAGAGGAGCUAAGGAAGCUUAAAAUAGCUGAAAGGAAGAUUGAAAACUUAGAGAAGAAACUGCAGCUAAAGACUCGAGAAACUGAUGAGCUAAGAGCAGCCCAUGAAAAACGCAAAGAGAGGCUGCAGAUGUUACAGACCAACUACAGAGCACUAAAAGAGCAAUUAAAGCAGUGGGAAGAGGGCGAUAGCAGGAUUAAAAAUACUGAAAGCAGAUACCAGCAUGCAGAAUUCCGUCAACUUUGUCAAGAUGAUUCUGAUGCUGUGUGGAAUGAACUGGCUUUUUUCAAAAGGGAACACAAAAAGCUGUUGAUUGAAAAACUGAAUCUUGAAGAAGAAUUGGAUCAGAUGAAAGUACACCGAUCUGUGGAGCCACUUUUUAAAGUUAGUGAAGAUGAUGGGGUCAAGAACAGUGCUCCAAAGGGGAAUAUGAAAGAAGUUUCACAUCAGACAUUACAGAAGGUACAUCAACUAGAAAGAACAUUCAAAGCUAUUGAAGGGGAAUUAAAGAAACAGAAAGAAGUAAAUAAAGACUUACUGAAGGAGAAAAAUUAUUUGAAAGCAUCUUUAAAAGUGCAAAAGGAAGAUGCAGACACAAGAGAAAGAGAUCUGGAAACUCUACUUAAGAGGAUUUGUGAAAUAAAAAAAGACAAAGCAGAACUUCAGUUAGCUCUUGAUGAGCAGGAAAAAGAAGCUGCAUCUUUGAAGAGGCAAGUGGCAGAAGCUAACAGGUUGAGAAAUGAAAGUGAAGAUUUGCUGAGUCAAGUGCAGGAGCUGAAGUCUUCGCUGGAUGAAACCAAAGCAGUGGCAGCCUCUGGGCAAUGUAAUUGCAAGAUAACAGGCACCAAGGUUAAAUUAAAAACAGCCAAGAAAAAGAGCUCUUUGGGACAUCAUGGAGCUUUUCUCAAACAGUCCAUCAAGGUUAUGAGUAAUGUAUUUGAGAACUUCAGUAAGGACGGCUGGGAGGAUGUAAGUGAAAGCAGUGACUCUGAAAUACCAACUUCUGAAAGUUUGGAAACAGUGAUUAUGAAGACAAUGCAAAACAUUGAUCCACUGCCAGAUAGAAUUAAACAACAGGGAAAAAAGCAAAUACAACAUGGUCAAAAGCACUGCAACAUUGAUCAUUUACAAGGCAAAAACCAGCAGUGUAAUAAAAAGAAUGAAGACACAGAGAGGUUGCAUUCCAAAAGGAGAAAGAUCUGCUAUCUUACAACAUCUUAUCCAACAAUUCUAAGCAAAGUGAACAGAACAAAAAGAAGAAAUAUCAUUGUCCAGAAACCAGGCUACCGUGUUACUCUACUGCAGGAAAGAAUCAAGUCAUUGCAGCAGCAGAUAGCUAUUUUACAGAAUGAAAAAAAGACAGCAGCGUCUUCUGUGAAGGGAUUUAAAGAAACCAAUGAAAAACUAACAGCUCAGCUACAUUUGGCUGAUCAGAGACUUCAAACUAGUAAACUGACCAUAGAGGUGUUGACCUCCAACCUGGCCAAGUGGCAACAGGAGAAGGAAUAUUUACAAGGAAAAUUGAAGUUGAGAGAACAUCUGUCUCAAACUGCCAGCAAGAGUGAAGUCACACCAGCUCCUUCAAAGAAUAUUGAUUCCGAGAUGAAACAGCUGCAGUGCAAACUAAAGAAUUCAAAUAAUGAAAUCACUAAGCAAUCGACCACCAUUAAGUCACUAAAAAACCAACUCCAGGAAAAAGAAGAACGGAUUCGGGAAUUGCAAGUGAAUGACAUGCAGUGUCACUUCUUCUCUUCUAGGAUUUCUCGAUUGGAGAGGGACCUUAAUAUGAAAAGACAUUUGAUAGAAGACCUAAGGUCUCGUCUAAAAGCAAAUGAAGAAAACGAGAAAGCCUCUAGUGUUUCAUUAGAAAGUCUUGAGAGAAAGGUAAAGGCACUGGCUGAAGACUGUUCAAAUAAAAAAACUUCCAUUGACUCACUGAAACAAAGACUUAAUGUAGCUACAAAAGAGAAGUCUCAGUAUCAGCAGAUGUAUCACAAGGCUAAAGAUGAGUUGGAGAAAAAGGAUCUCAAGCUUACCCACCUAGAGAGCAAAAUGAUGGAGACUGAAUGUGCCAUGACUGAACUGGAGACUGCUGCAUCUCAACAACUACGUGGCUUGGCUAAACAGAGCGGACAGGCUUUGGAAACAGUGCAUAAUAAGCUGCUGCUCACCAAUGACAAAGUAGAAGAGUUCAUGACGUUUGUGAAGGCUCUAACCGGAGAGUUACAGCGCAGCAUACAAGAGCUGAGAACAAAAAUCAAACAGGCCAAAAAAAUGGGAGAAGUGAGAGUGUGCAAAAAGGGUCUUUCCCAAGAGUCUGUUCAGUUGGCAGCAUCUAUCCUUAAUGUUUCAACAACUGAUCUCAAGGAGAUAUUAGAAGUGGAUGAUGAUGAGGAAACAGCGAAGACAAAAAUGGAAUUUGAAAAAGAUAAAGAAUGGCUGCAGUAUAUACAGAAACUUCUUGAAGCACAGGUCUCUGCUCUUUGCCUGACCUCUGCUCACACGCACACUUAUGUAUUCACUCAUACAUAAACACACCGGUGCACUCACCACUGCCGCCAUCACCAGGUGUUUCAAGUACCUGCACCUGAAAAAGCAGCACCAGAGCAGUCUGAACUGUAUCCUGGGCACUGUUAGCAUCGAUACAAGACCAUCAGAAUGUAAUCAUUAUUUUCUUGUCAUUAUGAGAAUAAGAGCUCAAUCCUGUACAUUGACAAACCGUUAUGAUAUAAACCUAUGUUUUAUCUCAUGCACACAAACAAAACCACAUACCAUCAAUUCUGGGCUGAAAACAAGGAGAAAUCGGCUUGAUUACUCAGGAUAAGAAUACAGACAGGCACAUAUAUUUUAUAUAAUCAUGUAUAUACAGCCAUCACAAAGCAGAAUGGCCAAAGAACAAUAGUGAAGUGAAGCAUUUCUCUAAUUUUUUGUUUUGUUUUGUUUUCACUUUUAGUUUAUAGUGAAAUUAGGAGGGUUUAGUCAUUGUAACCUGAGUUCCUUUAGUUUUAUUUCAGGUUAUUCCUUGUGGUUCACUCAAUUCAAUUUGAGGCAGCUCUGCAGUGUGUUUGGAUAGUUUUGUUGGGCAAAUGUAUUAUACUGAUGAUGCAUAUGGGGAGAUUUAAAACAGGUGUAAUCACUGAUUUGUGUAUUCCAGAAAUUAAAUACUUUCAUUUUUAUGUUAACGCAUUUUAGACUUUGUGAAGCAGAGGCCAAGUAAUGCUGUACUCUGUAAAUGGAGACACUAUGUCUCAUUAGAAUAACAACAUUGCUUGGAUUCAUUAUGAGUGUUUUCACUGACAAAUCAGUGUAUAUUUAUGCAUUUGUGCUGAGUGAGACUCAGUCAUGUCAUGUAAGGUUGAUAAAUAUUACUAGUUUAUUUUUUAAAGAAGGGAUCUCCAAAAGAAGCAUACUCAAGGUCAGAAUAAAUAGGUGAGGGAAAUAUAAGUAAAUAUCAGUAUUCCUGACUCUAGGAUCAUACUGCUUUACAGUUAUCCAUACACCAAGAUAUCUGUCUGAUAAGUUGUGUAACAAAUAUGCUAUUUCAUUCCUAUGGCUUUCUAGUAUCAAAGAAGAAAUCUGUAAUUCUGGUAAAUAUAAACAAGUAAAUAAAACUCUUCAAAUCCACAUGUAGUUUGCACUUUCAAAUGUUGUGAAUUUAUACAAAUCAUGUAAAUACUACUUCUCUUAAGCCUACCACAAUUACUGAUUCAGGAUCGCUAUCAUUGUUAAUACUUAGUGUUCAGUUGAAUUGGUUGUGGCAUAGAUAACUGGAAAACAUUUGAAGAAAUAUCAUUCUGUAUUAAAAUACAUAAUUAUCAGUAGUAUAAAUAAGCUUUCACUCCUUAGGUGUGCACUUAGCACUCACUGAACUCCCAAAGCCUUCCCCAAGCAUAUGGCAGGUUUGGAAGCUAGGAUGAAUACUUUGGAGCAGAGACAUCUUCAACGGUUGUGAAGUUCUGGGGAGAAAUGUAGAGGGAGGCUUCCCAGGAUAGUUACAGAGCCGUCAUUAAAAGUAAAUCUGACAGGCUUCUAUUAAAGAUUAAGACUGUAGAGAUCAUCCAGUUCUCGGUGUCUGUAUGGAAGGAAAACCAGAUAAAAACAUACAGCACUUUCUCUGAAACAAACAAAUGUUGAAGGAAUGAUAUAACAUUCAACUUCCAAAUGCUCUUGAUUUAAAUGGAAAGAGUUCUUGAAAGGUCACUUUGCUAUGACAUGGAAGCCACAGAGGGUAGUGAGCAGCAAGUAAAAUGUAGCUGGAAUUAUAUGAGCCAGAGACAUCAAUAAGAAACCAUUCAUCUCAGGCACAACAUUAAAGAGGUGAAAUGUAUCAGAAAUGAAUGUAGUCAAGCUAGGCAAGAAGAAUUAGAGACUUUGAGGUAAUGGUAUAGUGUUCUCAUAAAAAACAUAUUUAGACGAGGAAGGAGAGCAAUUAAGAAUGAACAAGAUGCUGGAGUCAGUGUUUUUAAAGCACAGUAGCAAGUAAGUGUCACAGAAUUUCAGAUAAGAUUAUGUCUUAUAUUACUGUGAAUAGAUUUGUGCUCAGUGAAUUGGAUCCCUCUAUUCCCCAAAAAGUCAUCACAAUAGUGUACAGGAGAAACCUGACAGGUGUAGGAGACUACUAGAAAAUUCUUACCAGAGACAGAAGUUAUUUAUGACAGAUGGAGACAUGUCUGGCUAGCAAGUACCAGCUCUUCAAAACCCCCUUUUCUACAGAAAAGGGAAACAAUGCAUAUUACUGUAUUUUUUCAGUAACUGCAAAGUGACUGGUGACCAACACGUAGGAUUGCCAUUACAGCCAUUUCAUGACAGAUGCUUGCUAUUAACAAGAUUUUCCUUGCUACCAUUUUAGGUUUUUUGUAUUUUCCUGGCCUGUUCGUAAUUAUAAAUAUCAAUAUAUUGAUUCAUAUCUGUAUAUCAGUUCAGACAUUACACCAGCAUUUGUAUUUGAUAGACUUUUAUGUCUGGGGUUUUGGUUUUGGUUUUGUUUUAUAUUUUUUAUUCCACAUAUCUAGGAAACAGGCAGUACUCUAUCUGGUGUAAGUACCGUACAGUUUUCUCUCUAAAGAUGGAAUAGAGAAGUGAAAAAAUAAAAUCAGAGCAGCGAUACUCAAAUGCAGAAACAGAGGGAGGUCUAGAUGCAGAAGUAUUGCCUUGAACUACAGUUGUGAAAAGCAGAAGAAACUGGUGAUUGCCCUGCUCAACCAACUGCUGUAUAUUACCUAAUCUAUUUCCUGUGGCUUUAUUAAAGUCAAAUUAUCUUUCCUUCUGAUAUGAGCAUCGGCUGUUACUUUUGGCGUGGAGCUGACCCCUCAGUCACGCUGGUCUCAAGAAAGCUGACAGCUCUGUGAAGCUGACAAGACUUUUCAAGUGUAAACAGAAACUGUUCUGCUCUCCUCUGGCACAGCAUCUGUGGCUGGAGCUGCAAUGACGAGUGCUUUCUACCACCUCCAGAAGUACGUUCCAGCAUACAGUGCACUGAUGCACCAAGA